AUGUGUUUCUUAAGGAAAGGGUUCAAAGUUCAGAUUACGGAUUUUAGGGAGGAAUACUAUGUUCCUAAGGAAGAUAUUCCUAUGGAAGAGGUUCGUAAGGAACAGGUUCCAAGUUCAGAUUCCGGGUUUAGGGAAGGAAGACCCUCGAACAGGUUCCAAGUUCAGAUUCUGGGUUUAGGGAAGGAAGACUUUCUUCCGAAGGAAGGCUUCGUUUCUAAGGAAGAUGUUCCAAGUUCAGAUUCGGGGUUUAGGGUUGAUUUUCCUAAGGAAGAAUGUACCUAA